GCUGGGUUAGCAAUAGCAGACAUGUUAUUUUUCGCUCCAAUAACUACGAAGAAUCUAUAUAUACUAGGAAUUUUCGUUAAUUAAUACAGUGUGUGAACGUCCUGUGUCGUGUUAAAAUGCGGUUAAUAUGUUUUUGGUGUAUGGUGGUGACGUUUGCGCGGGCGCAGGACUACUACGCGCCGCAAACAUUUAAGCAGGGUAACCAAUUAUUUGAACCAAGUAAUCUCCCUUGGAACUCAGCCUUACGGAAAGCGAAUGAAGCCGGCCCCUACUACAGGGGUAUGUUCUCAACGGGGGACGCGGACACAGCCGGGUCGGUAUCACAGUCUUGGAGGCCGGGCAACGAAGCGCCUGUGUAUGAAGACUAUCGCGACAAGAGUAAUUAUGCUGCACCACAAGAAACAAAGCCAGAACCGUGGCGUCAGCCCUACGGGAUGUCAAAAGAACAACAGGCGUCAAUUCUUCACCAUAAGCAAUCUUUAAGCGCGGAUGGCGCCUUCCGAUUCGAGUACGCAUCAGACAAUGGUCUAGCCGCGGGUGAAAUGAUCGAACCAGAUGGAUCCAGGGUUGGCGCCUAUCAGUAUAAGGACCCGAGCGGUCAGCUGGUCAAAUUGAAGUAUAGAGCUGGGAAGGAGGGGUUCCAGAUCUUGGAAGGCAGUCAUGUACCCAAGAGCCCGCAACCAGUGCCACCACAAAAUACAGACGAAUAUUACCAACAAUCGUAUGAUCAGCAACGAAGACAGUACGAUGUACCACAGCAGUACAAUCAGCAACGACCUGAACCAACUCAGGCACCAUUAGACCCCCGUGGGGCGGGGCAAAACUUCGUACAAAACUGGAGGCCGGAAGGUUAUAGCGAUGGACAGUACCGUGAUAACGACAUCGAUCCCAGCAGACCACACUCAUUCGGCGAAGGUUAUGCCUUCGCUUUCAAGGGAAAAGGGAAUUAUUAAACCAAUACGUAGAUAUAGUAUUUGUAUGUAAAAGAGUAAAUUUUGAUGACA